AACCGCCAAAAAAUCCGAAGAAGAAGAAGCGGUUCAAAGUUCAGUGGUGAGUUUCCGCAUGCUGGUUCCAUCAGGGAGACCCUGACAGAAAAAAACAGACUAAACACUCUUUAUUCUGAGGAGCCAGUUCGCUGGAAAGGUCACCAUGUCUGCCUACACGUGCAUCAGCUGCAGAGUGGCCUUCACAGACGGCGAGGUGCAGCGAGCGCACUACAAAACCGACUGGCACCGAUACAACCUGAAGCGGAAGGUGGCCGACAUGCCGCCCGUCACUGCAGAAAACUUCCAAGAGCGAGUUCUGGCGCAGAGGGCCGCCGCCGAGCAGCAGCUGAGCGACGCGGCGGCCACCGAGGGCUGCUCCGUCUGCAACAAGAGGUUCUCCAGCGCCAACGCCUACCAGAACCACCUGCAGUCCCACAAACACCAGCAGGCCGAGAAGCAGGCGCUGCUCGCCGCCCAGAGGAAGGUGGACAAGAUGAAUGAGAAGAACCUGGAGAAGGGCCUCGGUGACGAGAAGGAAGAUCACGACACUCGGAACGAGGCCCUGCAGCAGGCGCUGAAAGAACAGCAGAGGCCGAGCCCGGCCAAGCGGGGGGCGCCAGAAGGAUCCACAAAGCCGGAGAAACCAGAGAAACCACCCAGGAUGAUGUGGCUGGAGGAGCAAGCCAAGAGGCGAGAGAGGGAAGAGGGAGCCACCACUGAGGAAGAAGAUUGGGAGGAUGUUGACGAGGAGGAGGAAGACGAUGAGAUGGAGGAGGACGCUGAUGAAGAGGAGACGAUGGACCAGGAGGACGGCGACUCGGCGGCUCCGUCCGACCCAAACCCUGCCGCCCUGCCGGGCUCCAUCCCCGUCACCGACUGCCUCUUCUGCUCCCGACACUCCAAGUCGCUCAUCAAGAACGUCGCCCACAUGACCAAAGUCCACAGCUUCUUCAUCCCCGACCUGGAGUUCCUUGUCGACCUGAAGGGCCUCGUCCGGUACCUGGGAGAGAAAGUUGGUGCUGGUAAUGUGUGUUUGUGGUGUAACGAGAAGGGACGCUCGUUUUACUCGACAGAAGCAGUGCAGAGUCACAUGACAGAUAAAAGCCACUGUAAGGUGUUCACAGACGGCGACGCUGCGCUGGAGUUUGCAGACUUCUAUGACUUCAGGAGCAGCUACCCAAACAGGAAGGACGGAGCGGACGCUGAAAUGGACGACAACGAGCUGCCCGACGACAAGAACCUGGAAUACGAUGACGACACGCUGGAGCUGACGCUUCCUUCAGGUGCAAAGAUCGGCCAUCGCUCCCUCAUGAGGUACUACAGGCAGCGGUUCGGAGCCCAGCGAGCCGUGGUUCUGACCCACAACAGGAACGCCGUCGGCAGAGUCCUCCGGCAGUACAAAGCUCUGGGCUGGGGAGGAGACGGAGGCAGCGGCGCCUUCCACCAGAAACAGAAGGACAUGCAGUACGUUCAGAUGAUGAAGUCCAAGUGGAUGCUGAAGAUGGGCGUGAGCCACAACGCCACCAAGCAGAAGCACUUCAGAUGCCAGGUUAUGUUCUAAACUGGGGCUGAAGGCAUCAGACGCAGCAUGGUGGGCUGGAGAAGAGAAAGCCGGAACGUAAAUCUGACGUCUGUGUUGUGGUUGAAGAUGUUUGAGGUUCUACAGCUGCAGCCUAGAUGGGAAGAAUCUCCACCGACUUCUUGGAGUUCUUCACUGAAGAUCAGUCAAAUAUCAUCUAAUUUUCAAUUUUGUGGAAAAAAGUAGGUCCACUUUAAAUCUGUUUCAGCGUGAUUUUCCGUAAAAAUCCAGGUUUAAACUCUGAUCAGUGCAACAGCAACCGCCAAGGAGGAGAUCAAGGACAUGAAUCACGUUCAGAAUACUAUUUUAGAGUUACACUGAUUUAGUUAAAGCUAAAGUAUAUUACUGUUAAGGAUUUAUUAUAGUAUUUUGGACUCCUAAGUAACAUUGCAUCCUUUUUUUUUUUUUUAUUAAACAGGAUUUCAUCUUGAUCGUAAUGCAUCCAACCAAAUAAAUAUGUUUCAUAUUCCUUUAAUAAUACUAAAUGAUGUUUUCUGUCGGGCUGCACAGUGGCGUAGUGGUUAGCACUGUCGCCUUGCAGCUAGAAGAUCCCUGGUUCACGUCCCGGCUUUCCCGGGAUCUUUCUGCAUGGAGUUUGCAUGUUCUCCCUGUGCAUGCGUGGGUUUUCUCCGGGUACUCCGGCUUCCUCCCACAGUCCAAAAAUAUACUGAGGUUAAUUGAUCAUUCUAAAUUGCCCGUAGGUGUGAAUGUGAGAGUGAUUGUUUGUCUCUGUAUGUAGCCCUGUGACAGACUGGUGACCUGUCUAGGGUGUCCCCUGCCUUCACCUGAGUCAGCUGGGAUAGACUCCAGCCCCCCCAUGACCCUAGUGAGGAUUAAGCGGUGUAUAGAUGAUGGAUGGAUGUUUUCUGUCUAAAGUCAGCAUCCAUGUCAGAAUAUUUCCAACAUAUUUUACUUCAUUUCACACCGGUGUUUUAUUCAGUGGCGCCUUCAGAGGUUUUUAAUCAUGGUGGGGAUUUUCAAAGAUGUUUGGGUGGUGCACAAAAAAAACAACAUCCAGAACUGAAUCUCAGUAAUUCUGUUAUACUGUGUCUUACUAAUAAUCUGAUGUGCACAGACUAAUAUUUAAGGGUAAAAUAAAACUCUGUCCAUGUUUGGUUUUAAUUAAACAACAGCAACUUAUGGUACAUUAAA